AUGUCUGACAAGACGAGGCAGUCCUCUGGCGGCCGGUCUUUAUUCUCACGAAGUAAGCACAAAGACAAGCGCUUGACCGAAGAAUCGAGAUACCCCGCAGACGAUGCCGCCAGUUUUCGCUCCUCGCGCCACAAACGAGAGUCGUCUGCCAUCUCGCUCGAUCGCCCAGAAUCUUCUGAUGGCGGUAUCAACCAGAUGGCGGGCGUAAUUACGUCGAUACCCUACGAUGCCGUUGGAGGUGGAUCACGCUCUCCCAUACCCGUCGAGUAUCUGCCCAAGGGCGAGCAGAUGCCAGUGCGCCGUGAACCUCUUCCGCACCACCUAAACAAAAAUGGCCUGGACUUUCACCAAUACCCGAGCUGGGAUGGAACGUCGGCACAGUCUGGUGCUCAUUCCCCAGGGCGACAACCUCUUGGAUAUGGAUAUGGCAAUGUUACUAUGGCUUCAACGGGCCGUCAGACCCAAUAUCAGCAAUGGGGUCCGCCCAGGGGCAGCUCUUCCCACUCGAAUAAUCCUCCCAACCCUCGAUACGACUCAUAUAUGUCUUCUAAUGCUCGGGGCUCGGCUGAUAAUCUGAGCAUUCAGUCAGGUAGUACAAGUUUCAUUGAUGGAAGGAUACCACGCUCACCAAACGUAGCUAUGCCCAGUGCCUCUUCCCAAAGCUCUUAUGCUGCUUCUCAGCACUCGAACCGCGAUUCUCACCGGUUUACCAAAUUUCCGUCUGGCCCCCCUCCAGGACAAAGCGAUCCACAGGGUGGUUUCUACUUCCCCAAACCAGACGACGAUAAUGUGGUCGAGCAGAUGUUCCUCCAACUGAUGCAGAAGCGAGGAUGGCACAAUCUCCCCGAGCAGGCCAGGAGACAGAUGAUGGCCUACCCCGCCCAGAAGAAGUGGACGCUGAUCUAUCAGGAUCGACUUACUGAAUGGCAAGGCGAGCAGAAGCGCCGGCAGACAGCACGCCCGAACCAGUAUACCGCGACUCCCGAUAUCACGACGUACUCCGACGAAGAAGGCACUCCUGAAUGGUAUGUGCGGCGAGUUAUGGAGGAUCGCCUUGACACGAAAGGUAUGGGAAGUUUGGAAGUCAAUUUGCGAACACAACAGAUUGGUUGGGUCAAGAGAUUCGUCGAGUGUCAGGGACAGGUCGCUCUGAUGACCUUGCUGCUUAAGAUCAACCGCAGGACAGCACAGGGGCCAGUCCAGGAUAACACCCGUAUCGACAAGAAUCUCGAUCGCGAAUAUGAUAUUAUCAAAUGUGUAAAGGCGCUUAUGAACAACAAAUUCGGCGCCGACGAUGCCUUGAUUCACCAAAAGGUCAUGGUGGCCCUUGCUAGCUCUCUUAUAUCUCCUCGCCUCACCACACGGAAGCUUGUCAGCGAGAUCAUAACCUUCCUAUGCACCUGGGGAGAGAAUGCCGAAGGUCAUCUGAAGGUCAUUCAGGCGCUGGACGAGGUCAAGACCGCAUCUGGAGAAAAUGGCCGAUUCGAUGCUUGGAUGCGUUUGGUGGAGGUCACCAUUGAUGGUAGGGGCAAGAUGGGAAGUUUGGUCGGUGCCAGCGAAGAAUUGAGGACUGGAGGUAUCGGAAUGGAGAACUUGCUUAUGGAAUACGCCGUUGCGACUCUCAUGCUCGUCAACAUGAUUAUCGAUUCGCCCGAGAGAGAUUUGGAGAUGAGGAUACACAUUCGAGCCCAGUUUACAGCAUGUGGUAUCAAGCGAAUCUUGACGAAGAUGGAGGAGUUCCAAUACGAACUCUUGGACAAACAGAUUGAACGGUUCAGAACAAACGAGGCCAUUGACUAUGAGGAUAUGCUUGAGAGGGAGAAUAGCAGUAUCAAAGACGACGUCGAAGGCGAGGUCAAGGAUCUGACUGAUCCCGUUCAAAUUGCCGAUGCCAUUCAGCAGCGCCUCCAUGGCACCAAGACCAACGACUACUUCAUUUCGGCUCUACAGCAUCUUAUGCUCAUCCGAGCAAAUGAUGGCGAGGAGCGCCUACGCAUGUUCCAGUUGGUCGAUUCCAUGCUUAGCUACGUUGCUAUGGACCGGCGACUGCCGAACAUGGAUCUCAAGCAGAGUCUCAACUUCACGGUCCAAAGUCUCCUUGACAAAUUGCAUACGGACUCAGAAGCCAGGCAAGCCCAGGAUGAGGCUCUUGAAUCGCGACAAAUCGCUGAGGCCGCAAUGGCUGAGCGUGAUGAGAUGAAGGCUCAGCUUGAGCUGGGUGCUGAUGGACUGGUUGCCAAAUUACAAAAGCAACUGGACGAACAAUCUCGAUUCAUUGAUGCUCAAAGAAGACAGGCAGACGGACUCAAAGCUGAAUUGGACAGUAUGCAGACUAUGAGAGCCAAGGAAGCCCAGCGAUACGAGUUGGAAACAAGAGAGCUAUACCUGAUGCUUCGAGAUGCACAGGACGUAGCUGCUUCCAAGGCUAUCAAAAGCGCUGCUGCUGCUAGCGCCAGCGCCAGCGCCAGCAGCAAGGUGGCUGGCCCUGAAGACCCUGCUCGUAUGCAGGGUAUCCUGGAUCGCGAACGCCUCAUGGAGCGGUUACAGAUGCAGAUUGAGCGGCAGAAGACACAAUACAAGCUCGAGGGACGUGUUUGGGGAGAUGCUGUUGGGCCUUCAGACCGUCUUCGAGCCCUGCGCGAGGAGAUGGACGACAGGCCUGGAACACCUCCUGGUGGUGGUACGCCUCCUCGGGACUUCACCAACAGCGUUCUGGGCAGCAUCCACCGCAAUACCAAGAUUCCACGCAAGCCCCUUAAGAGACGUUCUGAUGGUGAGGUGAUCGAUGAGGACGACGAGACUGAGGGCGAGGACGGUGUCAUCUUCGAGAAGCCCAGAAUCGUCGAGAUGAAGCGACCUACGAUAGACCCCAAGCAGCAAGCUGGCUUGCUUGGUGAGAUUGGUUCCAAGGUCAAGAAGUUCGAUGCCAGUGAUUCUGAAGAUGACACCACCGGUCCUUCUCACCCUAGUAUGGAGACUUCAUCACCCAUCACUCCACCAGGUGACAGCGAAACUCCCAAAAUCGAAGUCACUGGUGCUGCUCCUCCGCCUCCGCCGCCACCUCCACCUCCUC